UAGGAAUUUUAUUUCCAAAUGAUGUUGAUGAAGUAAUUGAUGACAUAAAAUGUCCCAAGCAGUUAAAUGAAGAAAACAGAACUAGUCAUAUAGAGUACAAAGAUAUUGUCACUUCAUACAGAAAAGCAGAAUCCUGGCAACAAGGUAGACAAGUUCUUUCAGUUCUUGCCUCAAGAAUGUCCUUCAAGGACUUACUGUCUCUACUACCAGAAGUAACAUCUCAUCGCUACUAUGCUGCUCUCAGUCAUUCAAAGAAAAUUGGGCCAGCACUUCCAAUUCCUGAGAAAAAAUUGCAUCGACAAAAAUUAGAUCCUGAAAGAUUAGACACAUUCUUAGAUUUCAUUACAUCCAGUCAUGUUGUCCGUGAUCUACCUUUUGGGGGAAAAAAACUGAAGUUUUCAGAUGGAACAGUCCACAAUUUACCUAACGUUGUACGUUGCAUGGGUUCAGCAGACAUAAUACAGCAGUACAAAGCAUACAGUCAGGAAAAUGAAAUUUCACUUUUAGGUGACAGUACCAUGUUUAAAAUACUUGCCCAGUGUGGUGCUAAAGUCAAAAAAAGCCUUGAAGGACUGGACUAUUUUGUAGCAGAAGGAGGACGUGCCUUCAUUACCUUUCAAGAUGUCUUAGACAAAUUGCUGACCUACGACGCUAUAUCACCAGAUGACCACAAAAGUUUCCAGGCACUGUUCUUACAAUCAAAGCAGUAUUUAAGGACUGACUAUAAGGGAAGAGAAGUAGCUGAUCACUGUAUGUUGUAUGCCCUCAGUGAUGAAAAAGAUGAGGCAUUUACAGAACAAUGUUCUCACAAUCACCAGAUGGUCUGUGAAAGCUGUGAACAGUUGAAAGAGACCAUUGCUGCAUUACAAAAGAUCUUUGUUACUUCCUCAGUAGAUGGAAAAGAGGAUGAGAUGAAUGACCUCAACUUCAGGGUAAAACAAGCAACAAAGAGUAUUUUCAGCCUGAAAAAGCACAUAAUAAGAUGCAAAAACCAAGACUUAGCAAAAACUCAACUUUUUGAAACCAUGCCUUCAAAUGAAGUUUUACUGGUAUGUGACUGGGCUAUGAAGUUUUUACCCCUCAAGUUUCGUGAAGAUCAAUGUGAUUGGUUCGGAAAGAGAGGAAUACCAUGGCACAUAUCUAUAGCCUUCUGUAGGAAAGAUGAUGGAAGCAUUGGUAGCCUUGGGUUUGUUCAUUUGUUUGCAACCCAAAUAUCCCAGGACAGCCAAGUAACAGCCAGUAUUAUCCAAGAUGUAAUGGAUAAAAUUAGAGAAAUUAACACCAAUGACAUAAAGUUUAAUGUAUGGUCUGACAAUGCUGGUUGUUACAAGUCAACAGAGAUGCUUUCAUUCUUAUUCCAUUCAGGUCUUACCCUGUCAUAUGACUUCUGUGAAUCCCAGAAUGGGAAGGGACCAUGUGACCACACUGCUGCAACCAUCAAAUCUUCUAUUAGAAGAUAUGUAAACCAGGGUCAUGAUCUACUUACAGCACAAUCAAUGAAAAAGGCAAUAGACAAGUCAUCAAAAAAUGUAAAGUACAUAGUUCGUGUCAUAGAAGGAACUGAGUGUAGGAAAACUAAGUACACUGCUAUACCUGCAAUAUCAACCUAUAGUAACUUCACAUUUAGCACACAUGGCAUUACUGCAUGGAAGGCAUACCAAGUUGGCACAGGAAAGCUUAUACCUUCAUCUGCUAUUCCAAGUGUUGAAAAGUUUAUUCUAAAUACCUCAUGUCCAGAGAUAGAGGGAGAAAUUGAUGUGGUUUUUCACCAACUGCCACCUAAAGCUGAAAAGGAAGAAAACACCAUAACUUGUGCAAAUGAGGGAUGCACACUGUCUUUUUCAUCUUUUCAUGACGUGUCAAGCCACUUAAUGUUCGGCAAGUUUGAGUUUGAAUUCAGGUGCCAGUUUAGUAAUGGAUGUGACAUUACUAAGAAGACUUACAUUACAAAGAUGUCUAAGUCUUUUUCAACCAACUUUCAAGUUUCAUCAGCAGGGCUGACAGUUGGAAUUAAUGACAACUCUGAUUUAGAACUUGGCUGGGCAAUAAAAGAAGAAAGGAAGAACAAAAGGUUUAAUGUGAACCAAAAAGAAUCACUCACUGAAAAAUUUAACAAAGGUCUAAAAACUGGCAGAAAGGAAGAUCCUUUUUUGGUAUCAGAGGAAAUGCUGACUGAUAGAAAAGAAGAUGGAAAUAGAAGAUUUUCAUAUGAUGAAAUCCUUUCGGUACAACAAAUCACAAGUUUCUUUUCUAGAAUGAGCAGGAAGAACAAAUCAUUUUAUGAUUCCGUUGAUGCAUCAAGGGAAGAAACUAUCACAACUAUCAGGAGAGAACUAACUGCAGAUGAACUUAAUUAA